UGGCAGUCAGUUAGUUGCCCAACGUCGGUUCUCGCGUGCAAACGGUUUUUCUUCACAUAUUCCGUCUGGUUGCGAUCGUCUCCGGCACGCGGUAACGGCUUUCGUCGAGCGGCGAGGCAUGUGAUAAAGGAAAAACCUUUCAGCUAGCAUAAUAGUUCAGUUGACUAACGCGAGAGAGGGAACGGCUGCCACCGAGAACGUAAUUUUAUUGGAAAAUGAGCGAUCAGGCGAAGGAAAUUGAGGCAGCCACACAGCCAGCCAUUCUGCAGGACUUCAAGGCUCCUGUGUUUGCGGACAACAAGCUCGUGCUCUACUUCCAUCCCUACAACUUCUACUCACAAAAAGUGCUGCUCGUUCUGUACGAGAAAAACAUUGACUUUACGCCGUAUGUGGUGGAUUUGUGCAAUGGCGAGCAAUAUUCCAGUUGGUUCCUAAAUCUCAAUCCCAAGGGAGAUGUGCCAGUGCUCCAAGAUGGAGCCUUCAUCAUACCCAACUCGACGCACAUCAUUAACUAUGUGGAGAGCAAGUUUCGGGGAGCCAAUCAUCCAGUGCUGAAGCCCGACCAGAGUUCCGCACAGUACGAUCAGGUUAUGAUCUAUGAGAGUGCAGUGGGACGUGUGCCCGUGGGCGCUCUGAGUCUUGGCUCCUUCAUUCACGAUGAUAUGAAGCUGGUGCCCAAGGCUCCCUUCAUCGGGCCAGUGCGUCAAUCCUGCCUAAAGAACAACGACAAAGUGCUGGACCUGCUGCGCCGCUCUGUGGAUGAGCUGGAGUCCAACAAGUCAGCGCUGAAGCAGAAGCUGGACAUUCAGAUUCGUCGCAAGGAUCUAGUCUCCUGCCGCGAAGAUUUCCAGCGGGUGCUCGAUGCCGUGCGUCAUGUGCUGCUGUACGUGGAGCAGGAGCUGUCCCAGCAGGCGCCGCGCAACGAGUGGCUGACCGGCAACGAGGUGACCCUGGCGGACAUCAGCCUCGGACUGCUGCUGCAUCGCCUGUACCAGCUGGGCUUCGAGAACUAUUACUGGUCCUUCGGUAAGCUGCCCCAGGUGGAGGGAUACUUUCUACGCUUCAGGCAGCGCCAGUCGUACCACAAGCUGCAGCCCAGCAACUUUGAGAUCCUCAGGGAGAUGUGGGCCAAGACGCCGGGCAACUACAAGCUGGGCGCCGGAGCCGGCUUCCUGGGUAUGGCCAUGUUUGCCGCCUUUGCGCACAAGUGAAUGCGGGCAGUUGUUUUGUUAACAAAAUCCUUUUACUGUUAAAGUUGGUCACAUAUAAACGCACGAAACAAAAGAACGCUAAACGCUUAAAGCUACGACUACAACGAGGGGUAACCAGAUGGCGGAUGGCGGAUGCUGGGGUAUGGGAUGAUGAUGAAGAGAAAAGAGAGAAAAUGGAUGGUGCCAGCUGCUAUAAAUAUCAUAAUUUACAUCUCAAUCAUUAACGUUGAAUAUACAAAAUAAUUUGGUAUAAA